UUUAUUUUGCUGAAUCAUAUAUAUAUGUGUCAAGCUUAAGGUCUCUUGCUUGUUUUGCUGAAGAAGCCAAGGCUCUUUUCGUUUUUUUUUUUAUUCUCACCCUCUUCACAUUUCUCUUUGUAGCCAAGCUAGUGUGUGAUGUUAGAGGACAUUGAAUCAUCUAGUCCAAUUUGUAACAUGGGUUUUGGUCGAAAUUCAAAAUCAUCAACAAGUGGAGAUUACUUGGAAGGGAUGCUUAAUGACUAUGUUGGAGGAAGGUCUAAAGUGAAGGCUCCAAAGAGUGCCUCAAUAAAGUUUGUGGCAGCACUCACAUGCCUUCAGUUUUUCUUUGCAAUUUAUGCAACAUUCCUAUUGUAUUACAUGGGCCCUUCCAUUGAUUUACGAACCAAGCCAGAGUUCACAUGGGCCACAAAAAUUGCACAACAAUGGAAGCAACUUAUGAUCACACCCCACGUUGUUGGCCACUACCAAGAAGCUGCUUCCUCCCUCAUCAAGGAGGAUGUUGAUGUUCUUCCCAUAACUCCUUCCCAAGUAUGUGAAAAUGAGAAGAUAGACUUUGGGCAAAAGAAGUCCAAUGAUGUCCAAAUGAUCAAGUUAAAGAGAGAGCUCUACGAGGAGGUGUUGAACUUCCAAAGCAAAACCAUUGGCACUGAGACUCUCCAAGAGUUAAUGGCAAUGAAAUCCAAGUGGGAUUUGAAGGGUCCUAAUAGGCCUAAAAUCACAGUGCUGCUAAACCACUUCAAGAGAAAGACACUUUGUGCUCAGCUUGACUCUUUGCUCCAACAAACCCUACCUUUCCAUCAUGCUUGGGUGCUUUCAUUUGGGAGCCCCAAUGAGGCCUCACUAAGGAGAAUUGUGGACACCUAUAAUGACUCAAGAAUCAGUUUCAUAAGCUCAAGCUAUGAUUUCAAGUACUAUGGAAGGUUUCAAAUGGCUCUUCAGACUGAAGCUGAUCUUGUGUAUGUUGUUGAUGAUGACAUGAUUCCUGGAAGAAAGAUGUUGCAGAUUUUGGCACACGUGGCAGGCACGGACAAGUACAAGAACUCUGUCUUGGGGAGUAUUGGAAGGAUAUUGCCCUUUAGGCAGAAGGACUUCACGUUUCCAAGUUACAGAAAAUUUCGGUCUAAGGAGGCUGGGUUGUAUUUGCCUGAUCCUGCUUAUGAUAUCACUGUUGAUAAAAUUGUGCAAGUGGAUUUUCUUUCUAGUUCAUGGUUUCUCUCAGCUGAUCUUGUCAAGACACUUUUCAUCGAGACACCUUUUACCUUCUCAACUGGUGAAGAUCUGCACCUCAGUUAUCAGCUUCAGAAGUACAGAAAUGCUGCCUCUUUUGUUCUUCCGGUAGACCCCAAGGACAAGGAAACUUGGGGUGACAGUGAACACAGACUUGCAUAUGUGUCUGAAACCACAGUGAUUUUCAAGGACAUAGUUCAAGUCAGAGAUGAUCAGUGGUGGAAAGCACUUUCUACAGGCUAUGUGACUCAGUGGGCUGCAAUGCACCCUCAAAAAGUUGAUGCACUCUUCUAUGCUCACUCAGUUGAUGAAGUGAAAGCCCUUGCACCACUUCUUGAAAAGUUCAGGUCCACAGUUGGCAAGAAGGCCUACAUCGCGGUCUCUGGAGGCAGUUUCUGCCCCUGUGAAGAUGCUGCAACAGCUCUCAAAUGGCCUUCAUUGGUCUGCAAAGAACGCAGGUUUAAGAUUUUUGAUUUGGCCAUUGGAACACUUUCUGGGGUGUCAAACUCAGAGGCACCAGUGAUACAAGCAGUGUACACCAGCAUGAAGGGUUUGAUCAAAAUUCACAAUCCCAGUGUAAUCAUCAGUGUGGCUGACAUUGACCCUCAUGUGAGGAAAGCUCUCAAGAUGGCAUCAGAAACCAAUUCAAAUGCCACCACAUUGGUUCUCUUACCCAGGGCUUCGGUGUCUCAAGUUCUUUGGAUGGCUGAUCUACGUUCAACAGCAUUACCAAAUUGGAAUAGGAUGAGGAUUUCUGUGAACAUCAUCACCCAAAACAGGGCCAAUUCACUAUCAAGGCUUCUCAAAUCUCUGACCGAUGCCUACUACCUAGGAGAUGAAAUUCCCAUCACCUUCAACAUGGAUAGCAAGGUGGACGAGGCAACCAUAAGACUAGUGGGUACAUUUGAGUGGCCUCAUGGGCCCAAAACCCUGAGAAGGAGAAUCAUCCAAGGUGGGCUCAUCCGGGCUGUGAGUGAGAGCUGGUACCCAUCUUCUGAUGAUGACUUUGGGCUCCUACUUGAAGAUGACAUUGAAGUUUCCCCUUACUACUACCUAUGGAUCAAAUAUGCACUCAUGGCAUACCACUAUGACCCCCAAGUCUCUCUCCCUCAGCUCUCCUCCAUCUCUCUCUACACUCCAAAACUUGUUGAAGUUGUCAAAGAGAGGCCUAAAUGGAAUGCCACAGAGUUCUUCAAAAACAUCCACCAAAACACACCUUACUUACACCAAUUACCAUGCAGUUGGGGGGCAGUGUUCUUCCCCAAGCACUGGAGAGAGUUCUAUGUGUACAUGAACAUGAGGUUCACUGAGGAUGCCAAGGCCAACCCAGUUCAAAUUCCAAAGUCUAGAACCAACGGAUGGCAAGCCUCAUGGAAGAAGUUCCUCAUAGACAUGAUGUACCUUAGAGGGUAUGUUAGUCUCUACCCAAAUUUCCCACAACAAGCAAGCUUUUCAACCAACCACAUGGAACCUGGGGCACAUAUUAGUGCAAAAGACAAUGUGGUUAAGCACAACAAACAGGACUUUGAGGUGCCACUAUUGAAACAAGACUUCAGAAACUUGUUGCCAGGAAUGAAAAUGCCACCAGCAUCAAGGCUUCCAUCACUAAACCUCUUUAACCAACCAGUUUCUCUAAAGGGUCUUAAAGCUGCAGGAGCUAAGUUGGGCCAGGACGUGCUUAGAUGUGACAAUGCCACUGAAGUUGUUGCUGUUGAUCAAGAUACUGGUCUACCUCACACUUGCUCCAAAUUCUGAAAAACUUCAUCAUUUCGAUUGAUUAAUUAUUCUUUGUUGUUUUCUUUUCCUUUUUCACUUAUGCUUAAGUUAAGAAUUGUUUCUGCUUUGCUUCUAAACUAAGUGGGAAAUUGGGUCAGCGAUUUUGCUGUCAAGGGAUAAGAAUGAGAUAACUCAUGUUUCCCAAUUGGACACUGAUCUUUCCCAGAGAUGCAAUUGUAAUUAAUGUUCAUAUUCAUUAAUUAUUAUCAUAUACUGUAAGAUU